AAAAAACAGUUUAAGGCAUAAUUAUAUUUUGUCGUCAUAUUCAUAAAAACAUGGAAUUUGAAGACUUACUCAAACCAGUCGGAGAUUUUGGUAUUUUUCAAAAACUUUUGAUUAUAUUAUUCCUAAUUCCGACGUCGGCUUUGAAUAUAUUAUACGACUAUAUGUUUAUGUUGGCCACACCUGACCACUGGUGUUAUGUGCCACAGUUGGCCAACUUAUCACAUGAUAUCCAAAAACAAUUAAUUAGUAUCGAAACUAUUGAUCAGGGAUUAGUAUCAUAUGAUAAGUGUUUUAUGUAUGAUAUAAACUAUGAUUUAAUUUACAACACAACAAGUUUGUCGUUUAAUAAUAUAACAACUGAUGUCAAGACUAAAGAGUGUGACAACGGAUGGGUUUACGACAAAUCAAUGUUUACUUCAACCGCAACCACUCAAUUCAAUUUGGUUUGCAAUGAUGCACAUUAUGUAAGCUUUUUGUUAUCAUUAGGAGCCAUAGGUCUCGUUAUAGUUACUCCAAUAUUAUCAUCUUUUACUGAUUGGAUUGGGCGAAAAAAAUCAUUUUUGGUCGUCAAUAUAAUCAUAUUAUUGUCAUUUAUAUCACCCAUUGUUUUGCGCGAUUAUAUCAGUUUUGCAAUCUGUCGGUGCAUUUGUAUGAGUCUUGCAGUUAUAUACUAUCAAAUACCGUUUAUUAUGUGCAUGGAGUUUGUGGGACCUGACUAUCGAUCUAAAACAUCCAGUCUAUCAGCACUGGCCUAUUCUGGAGGCAGUUGUUUACUUCCAUUAGUUGUCUAUUUGACUGGUAAUUGGAUUUUGUUGGCUGUUUUCCAAUUUGUUAUUACAAUACCUGCGUUUAUAUUUUGGAGAUAUUUACCUGAAUCUGCUUCUUGGCUAAUAACUCAGGACCGAUAUGCCGAUGCCUACACUGUUUUGCAAAGAGUGGCUAAAAUUAAUGGAAAAGAGUUACCAAAAGAUUAUAUGAAUCAAAUUCAAAAAGUGGGCCAAAAACAGAAACAAAUGAAAUCAAUGCAAUUACAUAAUGACUCUUAUCGUGACUUUCUUCGAGUACCAGAAUUAAGAAAACAAACUCUCAUUUUAAUCCUACUCUUUGUGGCCAAUGUGAUGGCUUACGCGGGACUGACUUUAAAUUCACUUAACUUUCACGGCAAUGAAUUAAUAAACUAUUUUUUCAUAUCAUUGGCUGACAUACCGGCCCUGUUGUUGGGCUGGUAUCUCAUUGAAAGCAGACUCGGUCGUCGAUGGACUAACACUUCGGCGCUUAUGUUGUGCGGCAUAACUCUAUGUAUGCCUAUAUUUAUAGAUCCUUCCCAUAAGAUAUUGAUAACAAUCUUAUCAAUGAUUGGAAAGUCGGGAACCGCUGCUUCUUAUAUGAUUAUAUUUCAACAAUCGGCUGAAGUAUUUCCAACAACAUUAAGAAGUGAAGGAAUGGGUAUUUGUUCAACUGUUUCAUCAUUUGCCGGAAUCGGUAUUCCCUACAUAUCAUAUUUAGGUAAAUAUGGACUUUGGAUUCCAAUGUUUAUAAUGGGUUUGGCGUGUAUUAUAGCUGGUGUGGCCUCAAGUUUUUUACCCGAAACACUAAACGAAAAUUUACCACAAAAUAGUGCCGACACUCAAAAGUUUGGUAAAAAUAGCAAAUAUUUUUCGUUGGCUAAAACCACAAUUACAACACAUCUCUAA